AUGGAGAACAACACCACCCUCUUCCAGGAUGGUUCCAGGAUAGUAAACCUGACAGAAAUGCCCCUGAACCCUCUUGAGGAACAGGUCAUAACAAUAUGUUUGACGUUGCUCAUCUGUGUCAUUGGGAUUGCGGGUAAUAUCAUGGUGGUGUUAGUUGUCCUGCGCACUAAACACAUGGUGACCCCGACUAACUGUUAUCUCGUCAGUCUGGCGGUGGCAGACCUCAUUGUGCUUCUGGCUGCAGGACUGCCCAACAUCUCUGAUGUCAUAGCGUUCUGGAUCUACGGAUACACAGGAUGCUUGUGUAUAACUUAUCUUCAGUACCUGGGCAUCAACGUGUCGUCAUGCUCCAUCACGGCCUUCACCAUCGAACGAUACAUUGCGAUUUGUCACUCCAUCAAGGCGCAGUUCAUAUGCACUGUUUCCCGAGCCAAGAGGAUCAUAGCAGGAGUCUGGAUCUUUACCUCCCUCUACUGCAUCAUGUGGUUCUUCUUGGUGGAUAUCGAUAAAACAGAGUAUUCCAAUGGUGUGGUGGUGACAUGUGGCUACCGUGUUUCCAGGAGUUUCUACAUGCCCAUCUACUUUCUGGACUUCACUUUGUUCUAUGUGAUCCCACUCACUGUUGCCACGGUUCUGUACGGGCUCAUCGCCAGGAUUUUGUUCAUGAGUCCUCUCCCCUCGCAUCUGAGUGACAGAGCUGGAGGAGGGUCGGUUCACCAGGGUCACUCCGGCGGCACCAACAAGGCCAACAAAGGUGCUGUCUCUGCUCGGAAACAGGUACAGGACAGGCUAGAAUAUAAUCGUUUGAACCAUCUUUAUAUAGGUUAUUAAAUCUAGUUCUUGUUGAAGAUUAUAUCAAGAUAAAAUUCUCAGGGUUAGGAGUGUCUAGAUCUUGGUCAGUAGAUACAUUAUUUUGAUACUGAUUGAGUUAUAUCAAUAAUUAUUGGUAGGUUUGCCUUAGAUUUGGUCAGGGGUGAUUAUGCUUAAGUUGUUUGUGAUCCAUCUUGUCAUGUGAGGGGAAGGUACACAUACUCAGCAUCGUCCUGUGAGAAUUUAGGCUCUCUUCAGUGAUGCAGGUCAUUUGGCUUGGCAAGAACCGACACUUUCAUCUCACUAAAAGCUGUAUAUUGUACCAUUUAGGCUUUAAAUGAAUCAGCCAUUUGUUGCAAAGUUACGGUUGACAUGUGCGCAAGUAUUUUACUUAAAAUUUCUCUAACCAUCCUCACACUCUGGCUGGUUACCUAAGAGAUGACGUGGAAGGAGGCCCUGUUAAACUUAAUUCGCAAAGUAUACAUCACAACGAAUGCUCUGUUGUUCCUGCAUUAGUUUGAUCAUUGUAUUCAACAGAUGUCCAGAGAGAACUCAGGUGGAGCUAUUUUGCCUUUAGAAGAGUGGUCUGUGGCGGUCUAAGUGGCUGAUUCCUCUCUUCAGAAGUUUUAGUGGCAAAUCAGAUUGGUAGAAUAACAGGCCAGAAGGAUUUGACCUCCCAUUCAACCUGUGGACACCUUAAGCGCUCCAGAAAGAUGUGCAUAUUAUUCUCAAAGAGACGGACGCUGAUAUAUACUCAGCCUGUCGGGAAACUUGAAUUGGCAGCAGAAAAGCAGAGGAAAUAAAUUGUUCUUGAUGUUGGCCAUUUUAAGCAAAACCACUUUUUCCUCCCGCUGUGAUACAAAUUGGUGUUUGAACUUUUUCUGCUCUGGCAUUACCCGGUCUUCAAUUGCGAGAAUGUUAGAAUAUUAGGGUUAGCAUUUGGUAAAGUGGGUGUCAAGUGAUGGCCUUGUAGCUCCAUGUAUAAUAGUUUACGUGUCUGAACAGCAAACACAUACUGUCAGUAUGUUAGAGUGCAGUUUUUCUCACUGUUUUCAGCAGAUCAGAGUCUACAGAGACUUUCAUCACUAUUUUGGCAUGAUGGUAAAAUUGUUUUACAACUGGAUGGGAAACUUGUUUAAAGUUUUGUGAAGUUAGCUUAGAGGAAAGGGUAAAAAUAUGUUACAUACAGACGUAUCACACACCACAAAAAGCAACAAAAAGAGACAAAUCCACAAAAAAUCACAGGGAGCAACUGGGGACACAGGUAUACGCACACGUCGACAAACGUACAAUGAACCAACCAGGGCAGAGGGGAAGACAGGGGCUAUAUACACACUAGGAAACGAGCAACAGGUGAAGCAAACGAGACACAGGUGAAACUCAUGGGUGAUGAACAAAGAAGGGAAAACCAGACUAGAAACACAAGGAAUCAACUUCUACAAAAUAAAACGGGAAACACUGAAAACUGAUCUAAAGAAUAAAACAUCUUGUGUCGUCAUGUGUUUUGAUCAUGAAAUAGUUAAUGGCGUUCCAGUUAACAAGUCGGAAAACCAAGAUGGACGCCGACAGUUACCCAUUGUUAGCCAUUGUUAGCUGUUGUUUACAAUUGUCAGCUGUCGUUGGCUGUUGUCAGCUGUUGUCAGUUGUUGUUAGCGGUUGUUAGCUAUACCAGUUGUGAACAAAGCAUAACACAGUAUUUUACUCUAACAAACACCAUAGCACCGUGUUCACAGUUAGACGUUGGGCAGCAAAACAUAUACUACUUAUUUAAUUUCACAAAAACAAAACUGAAGUGCUAAUAAUAAUCCAUUACGAGAGCUUUUACUGUUACUCUUUACUAUUGAUGCACUGCGCUACCAUCUUGAAUUAUGACGUUGUUGUCAAGUCGGGGUUGGCGAGGAUCAUCCGAUUUUCCGAGUAAGAAGUCUGACUUUAGGGGGGUGUUCCAGAUGAUUUUAGGACUUGAAACUCGUAAAUUCCGAUUUCCGAGUGCAACUGGAAUCCAGCAAUAGUGUGUUUAUUUGUUGGGACCUCAAACAUGGACUGGAAAACAGUCAAACUGCCCAGUCACCAUGCCUCUGCUAUGCUAUCAUGCUGUCUCUUGAUGCAAUUCCUACUCACUACACACUGUCGUCGUUCUUCUUUUAACGGCCCUCCUGCUCUCCUUUCUCUUUAUCUAUACCAACAGAUAACAAAGAUGUUAGCCGUAGUGGUCGUCCUGUUCGCUUUGCUCUGGAUGCCGUACCGAACACUGGUAGUGGUCAACUCCUUCAUCGACCCGCCUUACCACAACACCUGGUUUCUGCUCUUCUGCCGCAUGUGCAUCUACACCAACAGCGCCAUCAACCCCAUCAUUUACAACCUCAUGUCCCAGAAGUUCCGCGUCGCCUUCAAGAAGCUCUGCAAGUGCAACUGGCGGAAGAAGAAGGAGAAGGCGGCGGAGUACAACAUGCCGAUCUAUUACAGCGUGAUGAAAGAUUCCUCCCAUGAGAGCAACGAUCAGGUCACAGAGCAGGACGACAUCAGCAGCCAAACCACCAAGAGGUUUGACCAAACAGACGACGACGCAAGCACUUUCAGCAUUUCUUAA